CAGCGGCAGCCGGAGGCAUCGCUCCGAGAGGCGAAGUGAGGGGCGCGGGGUGUGCUCUGCCACCGCUGGGAGGGAACGGGGACCGGGGGCUGUCAGCGGGGCGGCGGCUGCCUCCAUCAGUUACGGAGUGAGAAUUAUUGUCAUAUGACAAACCCAAAAUGUUGGAUGACAUCAGUAAGCGGCUUGAAUUUCCUAAUGCAGUUAUUCAGUCACAGGCAGUGGGUCAUCUGAUUGCUGCAGUAUUGAAAGAAAAUGUUUCUUCGCAGAAGAUCAGACAGUCAUCUGAUCAGACUCCUGCUCUGAACUUGCUUUGGGAGAAGUGCUGCAGUGAGAAUGUUGCCUUGCGAACAGCUUGCUCUGAGGGGUUAGUGGCACUUGUUGCAGAGAAACACGCUGAGCAUGACUAUGUUCUUCAUGGAGCACUUAGCCUAAUUCCCUCUGCAAGGAAUGUGCACGGUUUAGUAAAAACUAUUUGGAAAUUACUACAAAUUCAAGCUAUUCAGCUGGGAAAAGAUGGAAAUGAGGCUGUGCAGAAUCUGUAUGGAAUCAGGAACACUCCUCAUCCACUGAUCAGUGUCCUUGAAAACAGACCUGAUUGCUGGCCAGUCCUACUGCAGCAGAUAACCGUAUUUUUCCACCAAUGUCCAGAGAGGGUGCAGAAUUCAUGUGUUGGCAUAAUGGCUCCAUUUCUAAAAUACUUGUAUUGUGAACCAUCUCAGUUACGGGAAUAUGCUGAACUGCGCAUGGGUUUACUUAAGGUCUUACUUCAGCCUUACGGUCCACAGCAUAAAAAAGCUCCCUCUGUGCUGGAAUGCCAGAUUCUUCAGCUUCUGUGUGAUUUGAUUCCACACCUUCAGCUUAAAGACUUUCUGCAAGUUACAGAAGCCUCGUUUUUUCUGCAAGAGCUAUUCCUCAGCCUACUGCGCUAUCCUGUGUUUUGGAAAGUUCAGUUAUCCCAGUUUUGUUUACAACUGGUUUGCUUCUGUGAAGUGUGUUUAAAUGUAACGGGAGAAUGCUCAUCUUUGAUCUCCUUAAUAGAGGACAACUUUGAGCUCUUAAAAGAGGUAUUUCCAGUGGAACAGUGUAUAAUUGGGCUAGCUCUUCUACUGCUGCAAACACCAGAAAGUCAGCAAAAGUCUAUCUUGAGUCUAGCCUACAAGGUCCUUUCCUGUUCUGAAACCCAGAACGUCUCAACCACAGCCCUUACACUGGUGAUGCCUGUGCUACAGAUUUUAUCUUCUACAGCGGUUGGAGACUGCCUAUUGUUGGAUGAUUCUGGAACUACCAGGCAGCAGUUGGCUACAAAUCUUCUGGGAAUAUUACAGGAGGAAGGUGUGAAGGAGAAAAAGAAUGAAGGUGAUCAGGUGUCCUCCAAACUCCUUUUCCCCAUAACCAGCUCUUACAGCUCUUUGUAUACGACCUGGAAGAUCAUAGAGCUCAUGAAAGAUAAAUCUGCAAUUACUCACUGGUUAUCUUCAGUGAAAUCACUGCUACCUGUUACAACGCAUGUUCCUGCUCAUGUUUUUCUUCUACUGGCUUAUCUACUGAUCCAUGAAAACGGAGACAGUCUUCGUGGUGUACUCCAGGCUACUACAGAAAUAGCCAAGGCUGAUUGUUCUCAGGUCCCCAAUCUCAUCCCAGUACUGAUAUUUAAAUUAGGAAGACCUUUGGAGCCUGCACUUUACAGGGAUAUAUUGUAUGCAUUGCCUGCGCUGGGUGUACACAAGGUUUGUGUAGCUCAGAUUCUUCAUGCCAUACACAUGCUGGGGAGCACACCAAAGCUUAGAGCCAUUGCUUUGCGGCUGAUGACAUCCUUAUGGGAGAGACAGGAUCGAAUUUACCCAGAAUUGCAGAAGUUCUUGGCAAUGUCUGAUAUGUACUCUUUGUCUAUUGACAAAGAUGCUCAAUGGGAAAAGCUGAUUGCUAAAGCUGCAUGUAUAAGAGAUAUAUGUAGGAAGAGGCCGUAUCAGCAUGGAGCAGACAUGUUGGCUGCGAUUUCCCAGGUGUUAAAUGAAUGCACAAAACCUGAUCAAGCUUCACCUGCUGCCAUAGUGUUACAAGGUCUUCAGGCACUUUGCGAGGCUGAGGUUGUUUGCAUCCGUUCUACAUGGAAUACUCUGUCACCAAAGCUGAGUUGUGAUACAAGACCACUCAUUUUAAAAUCGCUGAAUGAAUUAUUUGCCCUAGUUCCCUCGUUAACAGUGAAUACAAAUGAAUAUGAGAAAUUCAAAGCUCAAGUUAUCAGCUUCCUUUGGAACAACACACAAAACAAAGAUGCUGUUGUAGCCAUUUCGGCCUAUAAAUCACUGUCAUCAUUUGGCUCUGAAGAACAUAGAAUUCUUCAUCUUCCUGAACAGGCACAACCAGAAAUUGAUUCACUGGAAGAGGCAGAGAUGAACGAAGAUGAAGAGGAGAGGGAAGUGGAUCAUUUUGUUCCAGGAUCUUCAUAUAUCAAGCUCUUGUCUCUAACGCCAUCUUCUGUUUUAGGAGCGUUUGAAGAGUUUACAGCAUCGCUUGUGAAACAGGAGAUGAUCAAUAUGCCCCGUGGUGUGUAUCAUUCUGCCCUGAGAGGAGGCACACGCUCAGACCAGGGGAAGACCAUGGCAGGUGUUCCAAACUUCUUGCUGAAGAUGUAUGAGAGGAAUAAACAGCCAGGCAUGACGCCAGGCCUUGCAGCUGGCAUGCUGUUGUGUUACGACCUUCCAGUCCAUAUAGGCAAAGAUGGCAAGCCUAUUAAUCGAUUUCUGGCCAGCAGGGCACGCCAGUUCCAGCAAAUGUUGGUAGCCCUCAUUCAUGAGGUUAACAUUCAGCCUUCUGAAUGGCAUCGCUCCAUACUGCUACCACAGUCCUGGUUAGGAUUUAUGACUCGAACCUACAGUGCAGUCCUGCAGGGAAGGCAGGCAGAGCUGGAAAUGCAGUUAAAACAUGGAAAAGAGGAUCCUGAAGAGGUGCAGCACAAACAAUUUACAGCCUGGCUCUGGGUCAGAGAUAUGUUGACUGAUGUUAUCAAAGGUGCUUCCAAAGACAACCCAGUGGUCAAAGGAAAUUCUAUUUUUGCCUUAGCUGGUCUUGCAGUUGCUGUAGCCAAAUAUGAAAGCAGCCUUUCCUCAGACACUGAAGGGUUGCCUGAGACUGAACCUGAUUUUAUUCCCACAAAACAUUGGAUUUCUAUGGUCACAGAGACCCUCUUUAGUAUUGUGAAUAGCCGCUAUCACCCUAAAGGUCAAGUCUUCCCAUGGUUCUACCAGAAAUCCUAUUCUGGUGAAAAUACGGCUAGUGUUAUAGCUCGUUCGUGUGCAGUUACUGCUUUGUCUCUUCUGGUGCCAUUUUUCAUUGUAUCAUGCAAGGAGAAGGUUGAGGAGGUCCUGAAUAUGCUGACUGACAGGUUACCUGGGAAACUAAAUGCUGAUGAGUCUCAAGCUGUUCAGAUCCAUGUGGGCCUUGGUUUGGGGAUGUUUAUCUCACAUUUGUAUGAAGAAAAAGUUAGUGAUGUACCCAGUCAACAGAUGAACUUGGUUCUAAUGAAGUCCCUGGAUGCACUGGAAGACUGCUGCUUUGAUGCCAGUCUGGAGUACAACACUGGAUGUAUUUUGGGAGUAGGACUUGCUCUUUCAUUUAUGAGUCACAGUAGCCAAACCGAAUCACGAGUACAUGUUUCCGCUUCAUUGCGGAAACUCUGCAAGUACCUGGACAGCAGUGAGGACCAAAGCAGAUGGGUCCAGGAGGUACUUGCCUAUUCUGUAGCCUGUUCCUGUGUCUCCGCUUUCAGUGUUGGAAUCAUAGAAGCAGCUGAGGCUGAGGACACCAUGAACAAGAUACGGACCUUAGUGGAAAAUAAUCAGCAGGUCCAAGGCUUUGCUUUAGCUCUAGGUGCAAUAGUACAUGGCUUGUCAGCUUGUGGUCAUGGGAAAGCCGAAGACCUGAGUAACAGACUUAUGCCAGCCUGGAUGAAAAUUGUGCUUUCAGAGGGUUCUCCAACAAUGCACCGUCUGGCUGCUGUAAAUGGGCUGGUUGCACUGGUGGGCUCUGAAGGAGGUGUGAUACAGCUGAAAUCUGAGAGCAUUCAGUCCUCCCAGUUUCAAAGUAAGCUGAAUGAAGUUAUCAGAACCCUUACACAGAUAAUCAGUUUCUCAGGGCAGAUUGGCCUUCAGACAAAUGCAGCAGGACUUUUGGGACGCCUUUAUAUGUCCUGUUUGUCUUCUACGCAAAACAGGGCAUCUGUUCCUCCAGAUUUUAGCUACUUGCCUGUAAACAGCUUUAUCAGAGCAGCCAUUGACUUCGCCAUUGAAAGUGGAAAGAAAGGCCCUGAAUUUGUUCCAGCUGAGCUGGUGAAAGUAGCACUGGCACCCAUUGCAUUAGUUGGAGAAAGCCAUCAGUAUCCACCUGUAAACUGGGCAUCAAUUCUUUCUCCUUUGAUGAGGCUAAACUUUGGUGAUAAGGUGAAACAUCUUUGCGUUCAGCUGGCUGCGACACAAGCCCAGUCAUCUCAAAAUGCAGCAAUGCUUUUGGGGAUGUGGAUGGCGCCUCCUCUUAUCUACAGUCUUGGUGUGAAAACCCAGGAAUACCUUUUCACAUCCCUGCCCCUGUGGGUGAAGCAUGUUGCAGAAGACAAACUACAGUAUUUUAUAGGAGUGUUUAUGAUACAACAAUUUGAAGUGAAUAACCACGUGAAAAAAGCAGAAAUGUGCCAGUGUGUUUUACAGGGGCUUGUGCAGUCUAUGAAACUUCCAAACCCUGCCCAGUGCUACUGGAGCUUUCUGUGCCAGGCUGUGGAGAAAAUAUUUGAACUUCUACCAAAUGACAUUCAGAGAGGUGAACUGGAAGUGUAUAUCAAUGUAGCAAAAUGUAUCUCGGAAAUGGCCGAUUCAGAGAUUGAUCGCAUUGUCCAGAUCUCUAAGAUUCACUAGAGAUUCGAGCACUUAAAUAGGUUAGGGAAGCUGAACUGUCAUUUCCCAUCUACAAGAAGGGUUACAGGGAGGAUCUGGGGAACUACAGGCCUGUCAGUCUGACCUCAGUGCUGGAGAAAGUCACGGAACAGGUAAUCUUGAGUGCUAUCAUGAAGCACAUGCAAGAGAACCGGGUGAUCAGGCCCAGUCAACAUGGGUUUACAAAAGGCAGAUCUUGCCAAAAUAACCUGAUCGCCUUGUAUGACAAAAUGACUCGACUACUGGAUGGGGGAUAGGCUGUGGAUGUAAUCUUCUUGGACGUCAGUAAAGCCUUUGACACAGUUUCUCACAGCAUUCUGCCUCAGAAACUGUCAGCCUCUGGCCUGGACGGGCACACAGUCUCCUGGGUUGAAAACUGGUUGGAUGGCCGGGCCCAGAGAGUGGUGGUCAAUGGAGUUAACUCCAGCUGGAGGCCAGUCACAAGUGGGGUUCCUCAGGACUCGGUACUGGGUCCAGCCCUGUUCAAUGUCUUUAUCAAUGACCUGGAUGAAGGCAUUGAGUGCACUUGGGGCACAACAACCCUAUGCAAUGCUACAGACUGGGGGAAGAGUGGCUGGAGAGCUGCACGGAGGAGAAGGACCUGGGGGUAAUGGUUGACAGCUGACUGAACAUGAGCCAGCAGUGUGCCCAGGUGGCCAAGAAGGCCAAUGGCAUCUUGGCUUGUAUCAGAAACGGUGUGACCAGCAGGUCCAGGGAGGUUAUUCUCCCUCUGUACCCGGCACUGGUGAGACUGCACCUUGAGUACUGUGUUCAGUUCUGGACCCCUCACCACAAGAAGGAUGUUGAGGCUCUGGAGCGUGUCCAGAGAAGAGCAACGAAGCUGGUGAGGGGGCUGGAGAACAAGUCUUAUGAGGAGCGGCUAAGAGAGCUGGGGUUGUUUAGCCUGGAGAAGGGGAGGCUGAGGGGAGACCUUAUUACUCUCUACAACUACCUGAAAGGAGGUUGUGGAGAGGAGGGAGCUGGCCUCUUCUCCCAAGUGACUGAGGACAGGACGAGGGGGAAUGGCCUGAAGCUCCGCCAGGGGAGGUUCAGGCUGGAUAUCAGAAAAAAAUUCUUCAGGGAAAGAGUCAUUGAGCACUGGAACAGGCUGCCCAGGGAGGUGGUCGAGUCACCUUCCCUGGAGGUGUUUAAGGAACGGAUUGAUGAAGUGCUUGGGGACAUGGUUUAAGGGAGUGUUAAGAAUGGUUGGACUUGAUGAUCCAGUGGGUCCUUUCCAACUUGGUGGUUCUAUGAUUCUUUAUAUCUUUGAGUUUUUAUUUCCACACUGGAAAAUGCUGUAAAGAAAACCUUUUAUGUCACUGCGGUCAAUCUCUCUUGAAAGAAGACUAGUGUCUCCAGAAUUGUCAAGCUGUCUUACUUCAGUCUAAAGGGGAAUUUGAAAUUUAAAGCAGUAUGAAAACGAUACAGCUGUACUGAUUUGCAGUUUGCUGGACUGUUUAGAAGCGUAUAAAAUUAAAGCAAUAUGUACAGUGUUCUCUUUCAUAAUUUGUCUUAAAUAAAAAAUGAACCUGCUAGAUAAAGAAUUUCCCCUCCUUUUUUAUGGAGAGAGAUGCAGCAUUUACUGUUCCCUCAAGAAAAGU